ACACACACACACACACACACACACACAUACAUACAUACCUUAUCUUCCAAGUCCAGAGCAGUGGGGGAAGCAAAAAGCUGGUCUAGUCUAAUAAGUCCAAGCUAAUCAAAUCUAAUCUAAUAAUGAGCAAUCAUCACGUUCCUACCGGCGGCUACACCCCUGGCGGAGCCGUGGCAGUUGGCGUAGGCGUAGGCGUGGGCGUAGGCGUAGGCGUAGGCGUAGGCGUUGGAGCUAGAGUCCCGGACGACGAGUUCACGGCCGAGAUGCGGGAUCGCCAGGCUCGGGGGAAGGAUCCCUACGAGUCGUCCGAUGCCAGUAGCGAUUGGGGUCCCGAGGGGAAUAGGAAGUAUCGGGCUGGAGGCGGGAAAGACGAGUCUUACGCCGUGCUCGAACGCCGCCGCGUAGCCGCCCAGGUUCUAGAUAGCCCGGAACUACUAAUGAUGGCAGCGCAGCGGGACAAUGAGAGCAUACCGGCUACCCGGCUCCGCUACACCCGCAUGCUGUGCGGCUUCGAUGAGCCGCCGCAGCCGCAGUCCGCGCGUAAGAAGUCGCACCGCAGCGGUGGUAGUGAUUCCUCACGCGCACCGGGAGGACCGACGCCUAGUCGUUCGAGUAGGAAGGAGGCUCGGUGAGGUAUGGGCAGUUGAGUAGUUGGAUUGGGUGGCGGCGGUAGGGUAGAGAAGAGCGAGGGAGACGGUGUUUAAUUUGGUUGUUUGGAUAGUUGGGCGUUGCCUGUGUCUGUUGGAUUAUAAGAUCUAUUAGCUCGACGGGAAGAAAUCCGUUGACCCUACACCCUACAUUAUAUAGUUAGAAGGUGAAGUCCAGCAGGAGUAAUAAAAGGGGAAAGAAAGGGGGCGUUGUGAUGUAGGCACAACGGCGUCGAGAGAAUAUGGUUUGUCCUCUCCUCGAGCAACUAACUAAUAUCUAUAAUAUAUCACCGGUGAGGAAUAGACAACAUUUAUC